UUCUUUCAUCAUUGAGCUUGGAUUCAAGGAAAAAUCUCUGGCUCUCAGACUGGAAUUAUCUCCGAAGAGAAUAUGUUGAAGCUCCGAUCCAGCUUGUAUCUGUCUUACGUUGUUGGAACGUGGAAGAGUAGAAAUUUCUUCAAUCUAAGAAAUCUGGCUGCUGAGAGCAUCAAAAGAGGUUUCUCGACGCAGUCAGGAAGCAGGUUGGAAGGCAAGGUUGCAUUGAUCACCGGAGCAGCGAGAGGCAUUGGAAAGGCAACGGCGACAGAAUUCAUAAAAAAUGGGGCCAAAGUAGUGAUCGCGGACAUCCGACGCCAACUUGGCCAAGAUGCAGCAGUGGAGCUUGGACCCAACGCGACCUUCGUCUCUUGCGAUGUUACCCGAGAAUCGGAUAUCUCCGAUGCCGUGGAUUUUACCAUCUCAAAACACGGUUGUCUUGACAUCAUGUACAACAAUGCCGGGAUCGCCGGGAACACUCCUCCCAGCAUCGUAGACCUCGACAUGACGGAAUUUGACCGGAUCAUGAGCAUCAAUGUACGGGGCGUUGUCGCCGGGAUAAAGCACGCAGCUCGAGUCAUGAUACCUCGCCGUUCUGGCUGCAUCCUUUGCACCGGGAGCGUCACGGCGUUGAUGGGUGGGUUGUCGCCACCCUCAUACUCCAUUUCUAAGGGCGCCGUCGUUGGGAUCGUCAAAUCAGUUGCGUCCGAGAUGUGCAAGUAUGGCAUUCGGGUUAAUUGCAUCUCGCCGUUCGCCAUUCCGACCCCGUUUGUGAUGGAAGAAAUGGUCAAGAUGUUUCCCGGCGUUGAUGAACAGCGCCUUGUGGAGAUGGUUCAGGGUCCCGGAGAGUUGGCCGGGGCCAACUGUGAAGCUGAAGACAUUGCAAAUGCCGCACUGUACCUUGCCUCUGAUGAUGCCAAAUACGUGAGCGGCCAUAAUCUGGUGGUGGAUGGAGGCUUCACCUCCAUCAAGAGACUUGGGUUCCCGGAACCGGAUCAAGUGAAGUGAAAUCUGGUCGUUUAAUUGACAGGUUGUGUGACCGAUUGUAGCUGUUUGGGUAGAUUCAAAUGAAUGAACAAAACAUUUCAACUGUCAGCCAGCAAUAUUACUUGCUAGAUGCUACAACCCGUUCAGGAGAGCUUCUUGGUUUGGAUUGGGCUGUUACAAAGAAGUGGUUCAUGUUGAGCAUCUGCAUUUCAGAUAAGCUACUCGCAGUGGAUUCAUGUAUAUUACUCACUCAAGUGGCGUUCAGAACACUGAUUUGGGCUUUCCGUAUUUUCAACAAGCACAGCUUCUGCACUUAAA